UUAAAUGCUCCAGCCACAGCUAACCCACGUCCAUUUAUUCAUCCAACAGCUCCCUCACUCACUCCAUGUAGUUGACAUUUAUAAUUUGUCUUGCACAAUGCUUUAUCUCUCUGGAUUACUUUUGCUUUUGCUGGAUUCAUCUAUGAUCUGUGGUCAAACGACGCAAGAUAACAGAACAGCAUUUGAAGAUGAGAGGAUAAGAGACAAAAAUGAAAGUGUACAGCAAAAACAGGACAAAUCUUUUAGCACAGCGAGACCCAACGUCACUUAUGAAGACAAUGAGAAUUUUCAGACUCAAGGUUUUCAACACUACAGUCACUGUGAUGAAGAGAUAUUGACGCAUUAUGGUGGACAGUGCAAGGAAAUGUUCCAUGACAGCAUGAGUGAACUGGGCAAGGAGAAUUGGUGUAAUAUGGAGAUGGUGAUAAGAAACUAUAACAAGUUAACUGAGUGUAUUGAGUAUGUAUGUAGUUUGGCAACGUGCUUCUACCCUAAUCCUGUGGUGGAGCAGCUGUUCGUGAGGAUACACCGGCAGUACUUCAGUUCUUGUAACAAUGAAGAGGAUUUAACCGACGCCCCGGCUGGAGUCGUGCUCAUAUCCACACUGCUGCCUAUCCUCCUCAUACCCUUUAUAGUGUACAUUGUGGUCUGGAAGAGUAGUUUAAGGGACUGAGUGCAUUUGCAUUAUCCCAGAUGAGUUAAAGUGAUAGUUCACUUCAAAAAUUAAAAUCCUGUCAUCAUUUACUCACACUCAUGUCUAACACCUGUAAGACUUUCAUUCUUCUAAAAAAGAUGUUUUGAAAUUGUUGUUGUUUGGAUGUUCUUAAAAAUAGUUUUUUUUGUGUGUGUUUUGCAGAACAGAGGAUUGAAAUGAGAUGAGGGUGAGUAAAUGAUGACCCAGUUUUUAGUUUUUGAGUGAGAGGUUGCUUUAAAGUAAACUUUGAAUGUAUAAAGUUCAUGUGGUUCACAAUGAUGUAAUUACUGUACAUAAUACACACGCAGUGGGUGUGUGAUUUUUCAACACACUAAAAUGCACGAUUUGUGAUCAUGAUUUGAAUAUACUGUGGCUUACUGAAAAUACUGAGUGCCCUACAGAUCCUGCUAGACUUUAUUCCGGUGUUGUAUGUCAGUUUACAGCUAUGUUUUUGAAGUUUGAAAAUGCUCAGCAACUUGUUCACACAAACGUAAAUCUAAAAAACAUUAAACAAAAUACUGAAGGCUUGUUUUUAAUUCAUUAUAAGGAUAUUUGUAAUGGCAUGCAUAAUGCCUUAUAAAAACCAUUAUUAUCUGUUGCAUCAUCUCAUGAAACAUAACUGCGGUUAUAAUACAUUACAAUACCUAACAAUAUGUGUUUAUGCCUUUUAAGAGCGCAAUGUUUUUAUAACACACAAUGAACACAUUAUAUCCAAGUUAUAAUGCAUUAUGGUUCCCAUAGUUAUAAUGAAAGUCUUGUAUUUUGACAAUGUUUAAAAUAAUUGAACCUUAGGUUAAAUGUCUUAUAACCACUUCAUAAUAUCUUAUGAUUUUUUAAAAAGGAGAUCAAGCCUUUUUAUUUUAUGAAAAGCAGACAACUGCUAAACAAUUAUUAUUUAUCAUUAUAAACCAUUUCAGUUGUUUACUAGAAAACUUAAUUUGUCGCUUUAUUUUAAGCAGUAACAAAGCACUCAUAAAAUUAGGAAGAUACUGUGCAGAUUCUAAACAACAUCUAAAUAUUACAAAUAUAGGAAUUAUAAUACAUUAUAAGCUAAAAUAACAUGGUGUUCAUUGUGUUAUACAUAAUUAUCAUACUCUUAAAGGUUAUAACCAUAAAUAGACAGUAUUAUAACUGCUGUUAUGACUAUUAUUCAUCAUUAACAUAUUAAUUUAGUGAGCAAUUAUGCAUGCAUUAUGAUAAGACAACAUAACACAUUAAAGGUAUGCUUUUUUCAUGCAUUGGUCAAUUUGUGCUCUUUGGCUUUUCAUAAACAGUUGUUUCAGACUAGUGGACAGAAAAUAUCCAAAAAAGGCUUUAUCCAGUGUUCAGAUUUCUGUUCUUGACAUGUAAGUUUUAUUAGUGCAUAUUUAAUAAGAUAAUGCCUCCUUUGCAUAUUUAAACAUAACUUUCAGAAAACUUGUAGUACUUUUUUUUUUUUUUUUUUUUUUUUUGCAAUUCUUAAUGGAAUCAAAGGGGUAAGUAUGAUCUAUUAGUUAAUUUUUUAACCUAUUCAUCUGGGGUGCCUUGCCUUAAGAAUACACCUGUAAUACAUAAUAAAUAAAGGCUUCAAAGAGAUUGUUCCUAAA